CUCCACUUCCAACUCCCAAACCCAUGGUGAUCUCCCUGCUUGAAGGAGGGGAAGACCCCUGGAUCCCAGAUGUGUGUAGCCCUGAGGCCGUGCCAGGAGACCUCAGCCCAGGAGAAACUGGGAUUACAGAUGUACUGGAGGACCUGGAGGAAAGUGGUGUGGCCGAAAGGCGGUGGGGUGGUGUCUGUGUGGAAGAAAUCAGAAGGGAUGUCCAAGGAGGCCUGGAGCAAGGUCAGGGUGAGCACAUCAUGGAGCCACUGGGAAAGCAUCUGGGAAAGACAGGGAGGAGCCCGUUGGACUUCAACAUAGGUCAGAGAGAGCCUGAAGAACCCAGGAGCAUGGAUGUGUGCCAGCAGAAAAAGCAGAAUCCAUGCACUGAGUGUGGAAACAGCUUUGAGGAAGAUUCCAGUGUUGUUAACCACCAGUGCAUGAGCUCAGCAAUGAGUCCAUACAAGUGCUCUGAUUGUGGGAAGAGCUUCAAAUGGAGAUCCCUCCUCAUUGUCCACCAGCGUGUCCACACAGGAGAGAGACCCUACAGGUGCUCUGAGUGUGGGAAGAGCUUCAAAAGCAGUUCUGAUGUGAAGAAACAUGAGCACAUCCACACAGGAGAGAGACCCUGCAAGUGCUCUGAGUGUGGGAAGAACUUCAAAAGGAGAUCCCACCUCACCUCCCACCAGCGCCACCAUGCAGAAGAGAGACCCUACAAGUGCUCUGAGUGUGGGAAAACCGUAAAAACCCGUUUCCACCUCACGUACCACCACCGCUUGCACACGGGAGAAAGACCCUACAAGUGCUCUGAGUGUGGGAAGAGCUUCAAAAGUUGUUCUGAUUUAAACCGCCACCAGCGCAUCCACACAGAGGAGAGACCAUAUAGGUGUCCUGAGUGUGCAAAAAGCUUCAAAAGCAGUACUGAAUUGAAACGCCACCAGCGCAUCCACACAGGAGAAAGACCCUAUAAGUGUCCCGAGUGCGGGAAGAGCUUCAGAAGGAAUUCUGAAUUGAAGAGCCAUCAGCACACCGGGGAGAGACCCUUCAAGUGUCCUGAGUGUGAGAAAAGCUUCAAACACAGGUCUAAUCUCAACAUCCACAAGCACAUCCACAGCGCACACAGGCUGUAA